AUGUCUCCAUCUAAAAUGAAUGCUGUAGCAGGAACUACUUCAGAAGUCGAACAAAAAAUCAGGAAAGAAUUGGCGCUUAGUGAUGAAGUUACCACUAUCAGACGUAACGCUCCAGCUGCUGUCUUGUAUGAGGACGGUUUGAAAGAAAACAAGACCGUAAUCUCAUCAAGUGGUGCACUGAUUGCUUACUCCGGUGUGAAGACCGGUAGGUCUCCAAAGGACAAGCGUAUCGUCGAAGAACCCACGUCAAAAGACGAAAUCUGGUGGGGUCCCGUCAAUAAGCCUUGUUCUGARAGAACCUGGUCUAUCAACCGUGAAAGAGCAGCUGACUAUUUGAGAACAAGAGAUCAUAUCUACAUAGUUGAUGCCUUUGCUGGCUGGGAUCCAAAAUACAGAAUUAAAGUUCGUGUUGUUUGUGCAAGAGCUUACCACGCUUUAUUUAUGACAAAUAUGCUGAUCAGACCUACUGAAGAAGAAUUGGCUCAUUUCGGUGAACCUGAUUUCACCGUUUGGAAUGCUGGCCAAUUCCCAGCUAACUUACACACUCAAGAUAUGUCUUCCAAAAGUACCAUAGAAAUUAACUUCAAGGCAAUGGAAAUGAUCAUUUUAGGUACUGAAUAUGCGGGUGAAAUGAAAAAAGGUAUUUUCACUGUGAUGUUUUAUUUGAUGCCUGUACACCAUAAUAUUUUGACUUUACACUCUUCCGCAAACCAAGGUAUCCAAAACGGCGACGUCACUUUAUUCUUUGGUUUGAGUGGUACUGGUAAAACCACUCUAUCUGCAGACCCACAUAGAUUAUUGAUUGGUGACGAUGAGCACUGCUGGUCUGAUAAUGGUGUCUUCAAUAUUGAGGGUGGUUGCUAUGCCAAAUGUAUUAACCUAUCUGCUGAAAAGGAGCCUGAAAUUUUCGAUGCUAUUAGAUUCGGUGCCGUAUUGGAAAAUGUUAAGUACGAUGAGAAAUCUCAUGUUGUUGACUACGAUGAUUCAUCAAUUACUGAAAAUACUAGAUGUGCGUACCCAAUUGAUUAUAUUCCAAGUGCUAAGAUUCCAUGUUUGGCCGAUUCCCAUCCAAAAAACAUCAUCCUAUUAACUUGUGACGCUUCUGGUGUUUUACCUCCCGUUUCUAAACUGACUCCUGAACAAGUCAUGUAUCAUUUCAUUUCUGGUUACACCUCUAAAAUGGCAGGAACUGAGCAAGGUGUCACUGAACCUGAACCAACAUUUUCUUCCUGUUUCGGUCAACCCUUCUUAGCUUUGCACCCUAUCAGAUACGCUACCAUGCUAGCCACCAAGAUGUCUCAACACAAAGCUAAUGCCUACUUAAUUAACACCGGCUGGACUGGUUCCUCUUAUGUUUCUGGAGGUAGUCGUUGUGCAUUAAAAUACACAAGAGCAAUCCUAGAUUCCAUUCAUAAUGGUUCGCUAGCUAAGGAGUCAUACGAAUCUUUACCAAUUUUUAAUCUCCAAGUUCCUACCAAGGUCAAAGGUGUUCCGGCUGAACUUUUGAAUCCAGCUAAAAAUUGGUCUCAAGGUGAAGCUAAAUAUAAAGGCGCCGUUACCAACUUGGCCAAUUUGUUCGUUGAAAACUUUAAAAUUUAUCAAGACAGAGCUACUCCAGAUGUAUUAGCCGCUGGUCCUCAAUUUUGA